AUGUCGGGAGAGGGCUUCAGGCCGGGGCCGGCCAAGAGGCACCUCGGCCCGGACUCCCCUCCCUCAGGGGCCGGGCCCUGCCGCCUCAGGCCGCCUCAGCCCGCGCCCGCCCGCGCCGACAGCGCUCCCUGGCGGCCGGGGCGAGCGCAGUGGCCGUUGCGCAGGCGCCGUUGCCGGCAAAUAAUCUGUGGCCUCAUCUGCCACCCUGAUAAGGAGCACAUUCUCUAUCCCCUGGGCUGUACCGUGGUUAUUCAAAACCUGGACAGUAAGAAACAGACCUUCUUGCGUGGCCACACUGAUAACAUCUCCUGCAUCGUCGUGUCCAGGGACGGGACGUACGUUGCUUCUGGACAAGUCACUUUCAUGAGCUUCAAGGCAGACAUCAUUCUAUGGAACUUUCAGAAGAAGGAGUUACUUGCUCGGUUCUCGCUGCAUAAGGGGGAUAUCAAAGACUUGGCAUUUUCUCCCAACAACCAUUACCUCGUGUCACUGGGAGGGCAGGAUGACGGCAGCGUGGUGGUGUGGGACAUUGCCAAGAGAAAGAAAAUCUGCUGCAGCCAUGCCUCGCCACUCAACGCGGGGAACACCACCGUCGUGGGGUGCUCCACCCGCAGAGACGAUAUCUUUGUCACUGCCGGAAGUGGAACCAUUCGAGUAUGGGAACUGGAUCUAGCAAAUAAAAAGAUCCAACCAACUGAAUGCCGGAUAGGGAGAUUGAAAAGAGAAGUGAUAUGCGUUAGGAUGGCAGAUGGUGAUCGUGUUUUUUAUGUUGGCACAUCAAGCGGUGAUAUCCUGCAAGUGAGUACAGACCACAAGGCGAUGACUCAAUACGGGCCCCUGAAGAAGAUGUUUAGCGGGGGAGUCACAGCUUUGCUGGUGCUGCGGACGGGAGAUGUAAUAGUCGGCACCGGAGCAGGGGUGGUAGCUCUCUGUAGAGGCUCCAACUACAGAAGAAUGAAGAAAAUUAAAGUUCAUGGUGCUGUCACUUCCCUGACAUGCGGAGGUGAGGGUCACCAGUUCUUCGUAGGGACAAGUGAGUGCCAGAUUUAUCGAGUCAACUACAGGGAGUUUAAAGAGGAGCUGAUUGCUGUCUCUCACAAGGAAGCCGUCCACGACAUCGUUUUCCCUUUUGGAUCUUCCAAAGUGUUCGCUACCUGCUCCAAAAAUUACAUUCGAGUGUGGCACACCCCGAAAAACAAGGAGCUCCUGCGCAUCUUCGUCCCCCACUCGAUCUGCUAUGCCGUAGAGAUUACAAGGGAUGGCCUGAGCAUCAUUUCAGCUUGGGACGACGGUAAAAUCCGUGCCUUCACGCCAGAGACGGGCCAGCCAAUGUAUGUGAUUCACUCUGCCCAUAGCCUGGGAGUGACGGCGAUCGCUGCUACAAGUGACUGUAAACGCAUCGUUAGCGGAGGAGGGGAUGGGCAGGUGAGGAUCUGGGAGAUCAGAGAGAAGACUCAGAAACUGAUCCAAAUUCUGAAGGAGCACACGUGUGCUGUGUCCUGCAUCAAGAUUAAGGAGAACGACCAAGAGUGUGUCACAACCAGCCUUGACAAAACGUGCAUCGUCUGGGAUAUUGUGCGUUUUGUAAGAAAGCAAAUAUUUCUUGCCAACACGUUGUUCAAAUGUGUGUGUUACCACCCUGAAGUGUACCAGAUAAUCACCGCUGGAACAGACAGAAAGGUUGCCUACUGGGAAGUGUUUGAUGGCUCUCUCGUCCAAGAAGUGGAAGGGUCUGCGUCUGGUACCAUCAAUGGGAUGGACAUCACAUCAGAUGGGAAGCACUUUGUCACAGGUGGCGAUGACCGUCUGGUGAAGCUGUGGGACUACGAGGGCACGGUGACUCACAUUGGAGUGGGCCACAGUGGCAACAUCACCCGUCUUAAGAUCUGCCCCAACAAGAAGUACAUCGUGAGUGUGAGUGCAGACGGUGCCAUCCUGAUCUGGAAAUACCCAGAAUUGCACUAAGAGCUGGCACAGGAGCUGCUGCUUCCUCGGCUGCCCCCACCAUCCUUCAUCACUUCUGCAAAUCAUCUUGGCUGUUGUUAUAACACUUGCCUGUUGUUGUUGCCACCUUCCCUGGCAGUCUCUCUUGCUUUCACGUGGGCUCUCUCUUCCCCACCCC